AUGGUACGCAUUAAACAGCGAUAUAUACUCUUCGACAUUCUCUCUCCACCUUCUAGUGAUCACUGGGAAGCAUAUUCCGAGUCCCGAGACUCUGCUUUGUUACAUCUUCAUCAAGUCUCGUCCAAUGAAAUUUCUGCCAAACACUUGUUACAAGUAAUACGACAGGUGCUACAGGACCAUUAUGGAGAUUUUGGAGCUGGUUCUGCGGGAAUACUGCUUGUAGUAAAGUAUUUCAGCCCGAAAACUUCCACUGGUAUCAUACGAUGUGGGCGACAGCAUCUAGAUAUGAUUGUAGCAGUACUAGCGCUUAUCAAUCGUUUAGGAGACAAAGAGGUGAUAAUGAGGUGUAUUCAUGUCAGUGGAACUAUCAAGAAGUGUGAAAAUGUAUCUAUAAAGAGAGACAGAGAGGAUAUUAUACGAAUGCAGCGAAGGAGAUGA